AUGUCGAACCCGGACCCCUCCCCGUCCAGCGAACCCUCACCACUGAGCAGCAGCGCCAUCCCGUCGAGCUUCGACAGCUCGCCCGAAUUCUUCGAAGAAUCGCGGACGCAAAAGCUGUUCCGCAAGAUCCGACAAGAACCCUUGAUUCCCGUCGGCUGCGCGGCCACCUGCUACGCAUUAUACAUGGCGACGAAGUCUAUCCGCGCCGGCGACCACCACCAGACCAACCGCAUGUUCCGGGCCCGCAUCUACGCCCAGGGCUUCACCCUGCUGGCCCUCGUUGCCGGCAGUAUCUUCUACAAAGACGAGCGCAUGCGGAGGAAACAGUUCGAGAGCGCCAUCGAAGAGAAGAAGAGCGCCGAGAAGAGGGAUAAGUGGAUCCGCGAGCUGGAGGCCAGAGACCAAGAGGAUCGCGAGUGGAGGGAACGCAUUGAGAAUUCCGGCCGAGACGUCAAGGACGAGGCCAGGCAGGCCGUGGGCACGGUCGCUGAGAAGAUCAAGGAGCAGCAGGAACAGGACGGCGAAGGGCAGAAGAGGUCUGGCGGUUGGUUUUCUAGUAAGAGUGUCAAGGAGGAGGUCGAUCGACACGGUUGGGGACUGGGCACCUGGGCUAGGAGGUCCAGGUAG